AUGGCUCCGCUCACCCGCGCCACCGCGCUGCCUGCACAGCGACCCGCCGCAUCACAUACGGACAAUUCCGCCGCCAACCUCGAGGCGGAGCCAGCGCCAUGCGCACUGUCCCCCGAUUCCUUCGGCUCGCAGCCGUCUCCGCGCGCCCCUCCGCCUCCACGCCCGCAGGGGGGCCCGUUGCGGCUGGUGCUGCCCGCGGGAAUUGGACGAGCACCGGGCGCCAGCCGGGCACAGAAGCAGGAGGGGGAGCGGCAGAGCGAGCAACCGCGCGAGGAUGCAAUCAGGGGAGCAUCCCCCCCAGCAGCGCGCGCCCGCUGCUCUCUCCGCCAAUCUGGGGGCGCAUGGCGCGGCUUCCAGGGGACCAAGGCGCGGGCAAGGGCGGCGGAUGUGGAUACGGGGGCAGAGAAUGCGCGGGGUCGUGGGGGAGCCGGCAAGGAAGGGAGGCGGACAGCCGAGCAGAGGAGGCGGAGUGGCGGAGGGCGGGGGGGAGCAGCGGCGGGAAACAGGGGGGCGUGGACGGCGGAGGAGGACGAGCGGCUGGCGGCGCUGGUGGCGGUGCACGGGGCGAAGAACUGGAGCGCCAUCGCUGCUGGCAUCCCUGGCCGGCCUGGGAAGAGCUGUAGACUCAGGUGGUGCAACCAGCUGGACCCGGCAUUGAGGAGGGGCCAGUUCACAGUGGAGGAGGAUGCGCGCAUCAUCACAGCACAUCCAUCCACGGCAACAAGUGGGCCCUCAUCGCCAAGAACCUUCCCGAACGGUGCGUGCCUCCUGCCCUAA